AUGAUCGAUUAUGAGUUUUUUGAAGAGGCUGUCAAAGAUUCAAAAUGCCAGAAGGCAAUGGAUGAAGAAAUUGCAGCUAUUGAACAAAACAACACAUGGGAGUUAACUGAUCUUCCAAAAGGACAAAAAUCAAUUGAUAUUAAGUGGGAACAGGUAUUUGUUGAUCAACCUCCUGGUUAUGUGAAGGUUGGAAGUGAACAUAAGAUUGGAGAUGGAGGUAAAUUGCUCAUUGUUUGCUUAUAUGUUGACGAUCUUAUUUUUACUGGAAAUGAUAGUGCCAUGUUUGAGAAAUUCAAGAAAUCUAUUAUGGCUGAAUUUGAUAUAUCUAAUCUUGAAAAGAUGCAUUAUUUUUUGGGCAUUGAAGUGGUGCAAUCUACUGUUGAAAUUUUUGUCUCUCAAAAAAAUAUAGAACCUGAAGGAAAGUGGAUUGAUAGCAGCCUUUACAACCAAAUUGUGGGAAGCCUGAUAUAUUUGACAAUCACUAGGCCUGAUAUUAUGCAUGCUGUAAGUCUUAUUAGUAGAUACAUGGAAAGUCCAAGGGAGACACAUCUUCUAGCUACCAAGAGGAUCCUUCGAUACUUGCAGGGAACCAUUGAGUAUGGGUUGUUCUACAAGAACAGUGAAAAAUUAGGUUUGUUUGGUUUUACUGAUAGUGACUAUGCAGGUGAUUCUAAUGAUAGAAAGAGUACGUCUGGAUAUGUAUUCGUGAUGGGUUCAGCAGCUAUUUCAUGGUGUUCAAAGAAGCAACCAAUUGUUACUUUAUCAACAACUAAAGCAGAGUACGUAGCUACAAUGGUCUGUGCUUGUCAAGUAAUUUGGCUAAGGAAUAUUCCUGACAAUUUGCAUUUUCAGCAAGAAGGAGCUACUACAAUUUAUUGUGACAAUAGUUCUGCCAUCAAACUCUCUAAAUGUCCAGUUCUAUAUGGAAGAACCAAUCACAUAGACGUGUGGUUUCACUUUCUAAGGGAGCUCGCAAGAGAUGGAAUAAUUGAUUUUCUCUACUGCAAAAGUGAAGAUCAGAUUGCUGACAUAAUGACCAAGCCAUUGAAGUUAUCCACGUUUCAGAAAUUAAGGAAGCUGCUUGCAGUCUGUGUAGUUGAUAAGUCCUAUUAA